CAAAAUUCGAACGCCAACUUGGGAAGAGAGAUGUGGAAGCUGCGAUAAAAUUGAUUAUUUUGAUGCCUAACUUAAGUCACUUACGUAAUUUGUUGAAGCGAUAAUUCACAUUCUGAAUAGCUUGGCGAUAUACACAUGCUGUAAUCAAAGAUCCUGAGCCAUGGGGAAAGAACGGGUCCAGAAGAAGUCCUUUCAGCAGAGUCUGGAGGACAUCAAGGAGAAAAUGAAGGAGAAGAGGAACAAACGGCUGGCCAGUGCCUCAGCUCCCAGCAGAGGACGGUCCAGGAUGAUAAACAAAAGCAACGCUGCUAACUCCACCCACACCAUCCUGAAGGGUGUGCAGCUGAACAACAAGACGCUGGCUGUAGCCUUGCAAGCCGAAAAGGAAAAAGUAAGGCAAGCCAAUGCAGUGAUCCUGCAGCUGAAGAGGGAGCAACAGGCCCUGUUCCUUCACCUGCUCCUGCUCAAGAAGAAGCUCAAAGAGCAGGAAGCCCUGGCAACUAAACUUCCAAACAUCCUUGUUGAACCCCAUCAUCGCGUGGAUCCAGCAAGGAGGAAGCGGACCAGCCAGAACCUCGAUGAGCCUAGGGUGUGCACAUCCUCACCAAUUUGUGCAGAUCCUCAGCCCUCUGAAAAGAAUGCACCAUCUGAAUGUAACAAGCAGGUUGCUUUGCCUUCUACAGUGGGUGUGAGGCGUCGCCAUGCAGACAGAAAAAGCAGAAGGGUGUCUGAGCGAGUGCAAGAAAAGAGGUUGUUGAGCGAGGGGGACCCCAGCGCAGGCUUGGGUGCUUUGAUAGCAAGUCCUAUUAGCAGUGGCGAUAGAAAUCCGAAUCAGCCGCAGCAAGGGAUAGAACCAGAUUUUGCAGGUCCUGGUGACACUGAGGAGUUUCAGCAUUCUACACCUGAACCCGUCCCACCCAAAAAAACCAACCAGCAGCGACCCAGCAGGAAACAAGCCCAGCAGCAGCCCCACACCAAACCAGAACCGGCUGCACGGAAACCAGAGAGAGGCCGCAAGCCAGAGCGUGCCCCAUUAAAGAAACCUUGGGAGAAUCCCAAACCCAGAGCCCGCUCCAAAAGUCGGGACCGCUCAGUCACACGGGCCAAAACAGCACCUAACUCACAGGUGAAUAAGCUCAACACAUCACUGGGAUUUAAUGACACGUUUGACUUUGACUGUGAGGGGACGGUUCACGUCACACCGUUCAAGGCCAAGGCAGAGGACAAUCAGCCGGCUACGCCCAUCAGCGAAGAGACUCCACAAGGAGGACAGGCCCAAACUGAAGCCACACCCCCGUUUUCCAAACAGAAUGAAUCCAGCUCGUCAUCGCCAUCUUCUGAAUCAGAGGACAGCCUUUAUGUCCCUCAGAAGACCAGGUGGAGACAGGCUUCCCCUGAUAAAACCAAAGUGAUCAACACACGCAGAGGCCGGCCCUCUAAAGUCGUCAGACGGAAAGAAAACGUCCCUCCAAAGCCGGAGAUCUCUGUCUUUAGAGAGGAGUCAAGUCCUAAGGGUGUAGAGCGUGAAAAGGAAGAAGCUGGUCUUGAUCACUCCCCUGAUCCUAGCUUCUCAAAUAGCCCUGACCCAGCCCGGUUGGGACAGGUAAAUCACCAAGAGCCUCACGGAGAGGUUAUUGAGAAGGAUUGUUUGCCCCCUGUCAGCCCUCUGGUUGAAGCUGAGAUGAUGAGAAUAGACAACGUCUUGUCUAAUGUCCAGAGGGUCAGGACGUGCAAGAAACGUGGGCUUGGUGUAAGGACAACAGGGCGGGGCUUGAGUCUGUGUGAUGUGACCAAUCUGUCCCCUGCAGCCUGUCGCAAGUUCUCCUGUGGUGGCUCACGCCCCUCUGAUGCACGAUGCUCUACCCCCGUUCCUGCUCGCAAGCGGCGCUGCACCAUGGCGGUGGACUACAAGGAACCCACGCUGAAUGCGAAACUUCGGCGUGGAGACAAGUUCACAGACUUGCAGUUCCUCCGCUCUCCUAUUUUCAAGCAGAAGUCUGGCAGGAAGUCUUUGAAGAAAUCAAGGAAUUCCAUGAGCAGCCAGCAACCGUUUGUAAAAUACAAUGAGUCAUUUGUUGGAUGUCGCUGAAAACAGCUACCUUGUUUGUCUCUCUGAACCCUGACUGCUGACAUUGUCAGUUGUAAUGUGAUUUCUUAGAGAUCUGACAAGUUAUCAUUUUGUUUUUCACUCAGUAUUGUUUUCUUUGUGUGAUAAACUGUGAUCAGUUUUGAAAUCUUUUUUGUGACUUUGCUGCUUAUUUUGCAGAGGUCUAGUCUUUCUCCUCCAUUUGUCCUGCUUAUCUCUCGGUAAAAGUAGUUAUGUCAUUAUUUCUCUUAAAUUCUGUGUGUUUUUAUUAUGAGAUAGUGAAUAUGAGUGCAUAUUAUUGUCAUCUAAUAAACUCAAGUUGUAUCUUUUA